CGUAUGAUGUAUGAUUUGUCAAUACGCAGGUGGUUUCUGUUUACAGAUAUAUAAAUGGCCUGAGCCGAUACCAAACAAACUUUUGGUUUCAUGACAGUCUCUGUUAUCAGCGGGCCCCCAUGCAGACCAAAAGACACUGUGUCCUACCAUUACACUCCAAUCAACAUUCAUAUCCAUGUCACAAAGAUAGUGAAGUAAAAAUUCUGAUUGUUAGAUUGAAUUUGAGAAGAGUUUACAUAUUUGAAGUAGCAACAUAAAGAUAACUAGGCAGUAUAGUUCAGAUAUGGACCCGUUUUUUAUGUUAGUUUUGUGUUAAAGUGCCUUGCAAAAGCUACAUUUUCACAUAUUUAUUUUGUAACUAGCAAACAUAUUUUGAGAGGAUAACUGUGGGGAUAACUGGCCAGCCGUGGUCUAGUUAUAUGUGUCCUAUUAAUAGGCCUGGCUCAGACUCAAUGUUCAAGUGUAACCAAACUCCAUCUGUCAAGUCACGUCCUCUCCCUGCUCUCCCUUCCACAGUAUCACUGCAGCCAGGCUAGGGGCACUUUGGUCUGUGCCACCCUCCAAGCCAGACAGACGGCAGGACAGGCCUCUCAGACCAUCGCACGUUAUGGAUGCUCUGUAUAUCCAACCCUUGGAAGAAGAUGGGGUGAUGACGGAGGAGGUGGAACGGGGAAGAAGAGGGGAACACGAAAAGGGAGGAAAUGAGGCCUUGUCUCUCACGGGCUCCACCACAGAGGAGGAAACAGAUGAGGACUCAGAACCAGAGCCCCCACCAGUUGUUCGGAGGAAGGUGUCAUUCGCUGAUGCAUUUGGCCUCAACCUGGUAUCAGUUAAGGAGUUUGAUGAUGUUGAAGUUGAGUCAGAGGUCAGCCAGCCACCUGAGAUGGAGGCAACCCAUCCUCUUGAGGAAUUCUACAUGUCCUGCCUGUUUACAGCCCCAUCAUCCCCGGAGGAGCUGGACCAGAGGCUACAGGUGCAGAUGAUUGAACUGGAGAGCAUCGAGCUCCUUCCAGGAACCACCACACUCCGUGGCACCAUCAGGGUGGUCAACCUCUGCUACAGUAAGUCUGUUUAUGCCCGGAUCACCAUGGAUUGCUGGAACAGCUACUUUGACCUGUUGGCGGAGUAUGUGCCCGGAUCCAGUGACAUGAAAACAGACCGGUUUACAUUCAAGUACACUCUGAUUCCUCCCUUUGAGAGACAGGGGACCAGAUUGGAGUUCUGCCUGCGUUAUGAUACAUCAGUGGGCACCUUCUGGGCUAACAACAAGGACAUUAACUAUGUGCUGUUCCUCCACCAGAAAGGACAAGUGAAAGAGCAGGGGUCUCAAGUGCUAGAGGAGAGUCCAAGCUACAAGAGCAAGAGGAGCUGUCUCAGAGCCAACAGGAGGGGAAGUGCAGAGGAACAGACCAAGGAGGCCUUUAACACAGCAACAGUUUCUGCAAAAGCAAAGGCCAAUCAUAAAGCAGAAGAGGCUGCGAGAAAGACAGUGGACAACACAGACAUACAAUCAUUAUUGUACCAUGAAGAACACAAACUUUUGGUGGAUAGUGUAAAAAGCCGGCACAGAGCAACACGUUUGGCACGUGUGCGGGACUACCUCUCCCAGAAGAGACAGCACGUACCAAAGGCUUAUUCACAUGACUCAGCCGGUGGCCAGAAGGUUUCUCAGCCUGUGCCAGCUCCACGGAGUGACUCUGCCAGCUGUCUCUAUAACCGCCUAAAGAAACAACCAAACGAGAGUCCACAGGUCCUCACCUACCAUCAGAUUCCUCUGCUUACACUGGACUGGAACAACGAUAAACCGCGGCUGCGGGGGGCUGCUGACACAGAUGAUAUCUGGGCUCGAAGUGCUAAGCUGACCUUGUCAAAAGCUUCAGAGGAAAAAAUAGAAGAUACACCUUCUGUUAGUGAUAUAUGGGAGACAUUUCUUAAUGGCACAGAUGACACCACUGAUAAAGAAACCUCAGUGUGUGAUGUAUGGCAGGAAUUUCUUAAUGGGCCAAGCAGUAAGGACCAUUCUGGUGUUCCAGAGUCAGAAUGGCUGCAGACAGCAGCGUCAGUGUCUCCCUCAAAUGACAAGGAGCCCCAAAUCCAAUAUGCAGCAAGCAGUCAAGAGUUUCAAGAAUUUCAGGUGGGCACGGAUACAUCCACCACCUUACAAGCACACACGUCAGCUGCAUCUCAGCUGCUGUCAGACAAACUCGAAACACCGUUGGCUAAUGUCUCUUUGAUCACUGAAGACGACCAGCCAGCAGAGGCAUGUGUCAGCAGUCCAAGAGAUGACAACACAGUGACACGAGAUGCAUCCCAAAGGUCACAGACAAACUCUGUAAUAGACACUUCGCAGGAAUUUUGCCUCGAGGGGGCAACGCCUGUGUCCGAGGGUUCUGUUGACAGUUCAGCUGAGUGUCACGAGCAUGCGAUCUGGGAGCAAGAAAGAGAGGGAAUAAUAGGAGAAGCAGAAGGAAUAGGAGGAGAUGAGCCCUUCAUGCUGCACACAGCUGACUUAGUAACAAGCUCAGGGGAGUCGAAGACAACAGACAUGACAGUAAUGCCAGAGUCUCAGAAUGCCAGCACUGUUGAUAGGAUCUCACAGGGAGCAAGGCUGGAUGAGGGUCUUUCUUCCAGAGGGGAAGGCGAGGUUACAGGUACAGCACACAAUGCAAUGGAUGACACGCUGGCAUUUAGGGAGACAAUCAGACAGGGGACAAAGGAUGGGGAAAGGUUUGUCUUUUCCACAUCCAGACAAAGAGCGGAGGAAGGGAUCGUGACAAAUUGUACAGAAAAUAAAGUAUCUAGAGAAGAGGAGAUAUUUAGGCCACAUGAAACAGAGGAGUGUGAAAUCUCCCAGAGGUAUGCAGAUGAAAAGCAAUGUGAGGAAUUCAGGCUGAACCAAAAGAGUAAAAAUCCAUUACAGGAGAAGAAGAGAGAUGAAAAUGAAAUAGGACCUGCACAGUCACAUGCACAUGAAUUCAAUCCAAACCAAACAUGUGAAGAGAAUUUCAGACCGAGCCUUGUUAUGGAAAGUGAAUUCAAUUUGGAUGAAUUAGAAAACAGAGAUAUGGCAUCAAUUAACAAAGAAGGAUCCAGGGAGACACAGAUGGAAAAUUCAUAUUGUGAAAAAAGCAACGAAACAAAGAGACUAAUUGGCGCAGAAGCUGAAAUUAUCUGUGAAUUAGAUGAGGAAGCAUUGCGACAUAAUGACGAAGCUCUACAACUGAAUUCAUCGGGAAACACAUCAAUAAUUUCAGAAAUACAUAAUAAAUGGGGGAAACAAACAGGAGAAGAACUGUAUGUCCAGAAAGAGGAGGAGGAUGCAACACUGACACAAGUAGAGGAAAACAUGAUGAAAACUCAAACAGGCGAACAUGUAUUAGCCUCAAAUCAGACAGAAGAAGGAAAAAGCUUGAGUAAUAGCAAAAUAUCUAUAGAGCAACAUGAAAUAAACCUGUCAGCACAGAGCACGCACACUGUGGAAUCAGGGGAAAGUACAAAGGUCUUCCAAAGCGACCAUGACACAUUCAGACCUUUUCCACCAGAUAAAUGCAAUUCAAACCCCACAGAGGUGGUAGAAGUGAGAUGGAUAUCAUCACAGGACGUUAUGAAGGGUCAGAGAGAGGAUGUAGUCAGUGAAAUAAGCCAGGGAGAAGUUAUUGCAAAGGAGAACGUUGCAAAGAAAGAUAAUUCAACAGAACUUCAGAACCAACCUGAGACAAUAGAAAGAAUAGAGGCAGAUAUGAGUCAGAGAGACAAAGAUGAGAGAGUGAGUAUUGGAGAGCUGAAAACAGUAGCAACUGGGGAGUUGAUGGGUAAUGUGGAGGGCCCUCAGGGGGAGAGGAAGAAUGCACCAGCUGAAUUGAAAGAACAAGAGUUGUCAGCAGAAGGUGAGAGCUUUCCACAUGUUGAAUAUAAAAAACCAUCAGAGGGAACAAAAGAACCUAUUAAAGCAGAAAAUAUUGUAGCACUUGAAGUGAUGGAGUCGAGAGUGGAGGAGAUGUUCAUAGAGAGAUUUGGGGAAGAUUUGGUCCGGGACAUUUGGGAAGAGGUGUUCGGUCAGAGAGCGCAGGCCUCUAAAAGAGACACAAAUAUCACUGAUGGAGUGGGGGCAGAUAUGGGGCUGGCAGAUAUACCUGAUAUUACAUGUGAUUGCCAUCUUCUUUUUGAGAAAGACGUCAGUGAUGCUUUUGAUUCAGGUAUAUUUUCCUUGACAGAAUUACCAACAGAUCCAAAUUUAAGUCUCUGUCAAGGUCUAGAGGAAACCAUAAUGACAAAUAGCAAUGAAUACUCCCCAAAAGAAAGAAGUCAGUCGGUCACCACAAUAGAGCAGACUCCCUUUCUCUCUGAAUUACAGACAGAUUUGAAUUUAAGUGCUCAUCUCAGUCAAGAUCUCACUUCCACUUUAGCUGCUCUGAGUAGGCAGUCAUUGACUAAAUCGGCCCAAACUCUCAGCCCUCUGAGGGAUCAGGAAAACUGCUCUCAAAUAAAAAACAGAUCACUCAACCGUCAGGAGACAGGUAGACAAAUAGAAGACUGUGUAGUCGCCCACAAGGAGAAUUUCAAUCGAUCAGUCCACCCAUCCCACAAACAUCUGAGUCCUUCCUCUGAGAAAUUAAAGGAGUCUGAUGGUCUCGUAUGUUGGAGUAUAUUAUACAUGCUCAGUCACAUCACCAGACUUCUAAUAUGCGGCCUUUUAGUUGCCGGAUUCUUUGUCAUCAUUUUCCUCUAUGAUUUCCCAGCAUUCUUUGCGUUCUACAUAUUUUCAUUGAGCUGGUGGUUUUAUAAAUGGAAGAGCCAUCGGAUGACAAUGAAAAGGGGAAUAGGGCAUGAGUUUGCAGAGAGAAGAGAAAGUGUUAAAGAGUGCAGUGUGUAGCCUGUUUAAACAACAAUCGUCAAAUCUUCCAUAUCUUCAUAUCGUCAUAAUGUACAUUCAGACUGGAGAGACCAUUGUUGACUUGACCCACUGUAUUUGUCUACCUGUUAUAAACAGUUCAAGCAAAACAUUGUUUUUUUCUUUAAAUUUUUAUUGGUGAAAGAGGACAAACACAUAAAGAGUGACAUCACAUACAGUACAUACAGACAAGACCCUGUCUCCCAGCCUGAACUGCCCCCACACCCUCAAGGAGGGAGCUAAUUAUCUGUGGGGUCUUUUCUGUACCCUUUUUUAUUCCCCUCUCCCCUUCCCACUUUGGGGAUUUGUCUGCCAAUCAUUUCUUCCAACCCGACCUGCCACUCCAAACAAAUAAAGUUACCAAAAAAUGAAAGACGAAAAAAAACUAAAAACUAAUGGGUUAGUACCCUUUUUUUCUCCUCCUCCUCUCUCUCACACAAAGGGAUAAUACUAAUCAAUACAGCACAAAAUAACAAUGACAAAUGGAAAAACAAAAAUAAGACAAAAUCCAAUAUAACAAUACAAAUACAAAUGAAAUGUGAGUUUGUCAGGGAUAGGAAGAGCGGAAAAUUAUAUUGCUAUGUAAUAAUAGUCAUAAUAGUAAUUAGACCAGUCUUACAUAACAAGUGUGGUUGACAGCAAAGGGGGAAGAAAAGAAGAGAAAGUAAAGAAAUAAAGAAGAACACAGGGUGAUAAAAGAAAAAAAACCUGUUUGUCUAUUGUGUGUGUGUGUUUGUGAUAUAAGCCUGUACACAUGGUUGGGUGUGUUGUGAUAUUUGGGAAAUGGCUACCAUAGCUGGGACCUGUGGUCAUGUAUGUGGCUUUGGUCAGUUUUGGGUUUAGAAGCGUUAAGAAUGAAUUCCAGUUUUCAUUAUAGACUCAUAUUUUUUUUUUUUUUUUUCUGUAAGCCGCUAUGGUCUCUUUUGAAAUGUGUUCUGUAAAUACAGUGGGGUCCAAAUGUCUGAGACUGGCAAUGGGAAAGUAGUCUCAGACUUUUGGACUCCACUGUAUGUUGAUCCAGUGAGCAAAAUGACAAGAUUCCCUAGAUUUCCAGUUUGGAAAGAUUAUUUUCUUAACUGGGAGGGAAACUUGUGUUAUAUCUCUGAGCAGACACAGUGAUAGGGACAAUGGGAUUCUGCACCUCAAGACAACGCUGUCCAAAGUGAGUUAACUAGUUGGCAUGAAAAUAAUCUUCUGUGCCACCCAAAGUGCAUUGUGAACAGGUGUCUGUGUCAGCCAAUCCCAUUUUCUGCAUUUAAGCUUGGGUGAUGUGGGUUCUGUGGAUAGUUUUAUGUUGCAGUUGUGUAAGUUGCACAUUUGUGUUAGUAAUCAUAGAGAAAUGUUUUUACAGACUUGUAUCCAGAACUCAGGGUUGGGACGGAGAGCCAAGUCAUUUCAUAGUUGGGAGUGUUAUGACUCUAUCUGAGAUGGAAAGAAGAAUAUUAAGUUUUGAGAUUUUUUUUUUUUUUUUGAGUUUGUGAUUUCCAUGAUCUCAUCACUUAACUAAGAAGUUUGUAGUGUGUUGAUGGUUAUUUUAAUUCUGGAUUUUAUUUGUGGCAGUGGAGAAAAUGGUCUCUCCCAACCUCGUACUUCUGGAUUACUGUAUUGAAUGAUAUGAAUUGGUUGUUUUGGGACAGGUGAUGGAUAUUAAUCCGAGUGAUUCCCUUUUGUCGCCGUGAUGGAAAGUAGACAGGUCUGUUAUGCUGCUGAAGUCUGGAUUGUGCUGAAUUGGUGUGAAUCUACAUGGUGCUAGUGAUGAUUUAGUGAAUUAUUGGUUUCCCAUCGGGCUGUCGGAAUUGAGGAGAAUAGAUUGUUCUUACACUAAUUCAGUUUCUUGAUUGAUUGUGGGAGGAAGGGAAGGUUGACAACUGAGGUGGUUUUACACUGAUUUUGUCCUAAUUCUAACCACGGCUUAUUGUGGUUGUACUAUUGGGUACAUCUGAAUAAACAUUAUAGCUGUUUGAGGUUUGGUGCUUUUAGGCCACCUUGUGAUUUUCCUUUGUGUAAUGCUGAAAGUGAAAUUCUGGGUUUUGUGUUUUUUCAGUAAAAUUGAGUAGCUAAUGAGUCGAGUGCUUUCAGCCAUUGUGGUGGGAAGCAUUGAAAACAAAUAAUUAUUCUGAGGUAAGGUUCUCAUUUUAACAGUAGUGAUUUGCCCAAUGAGAGUGUGCGGGAGCUUGAAGAGCUCUGACAGCUUAGGAGAAAUGUUAAUGCCUAAAUAUUUUAUCUUGUCAUAGUAAAGUAGGAGGGGGGAUGUUGGGCUGCAGAAUCCCAGGCAUCUUCAGAGGGUGGGAGUGUACCUAAUUUGUCCCGGUUUAUUGUGUAGUGUGAGAUUUUUUGUUUUCUUGGUUCAUUUAAAUGAUUAGAAGAAAAUAUGAAAAAUAAACUACAUUUUUUUUCAUUAAAUUCCUGUCCUGGCCCUCUCAAUUUGUCUUGUGACCCCAUGUGAUUAUCAUGUCCCCCAGGUUGGGAACCACUGAGAGGUGCAGUUAAUCAAAUCAACAAACAAAUGUAUGUCUUCAAAUAACCUCAACUUACAUUUAGUCAAUUAAAACUGACAUAAAAGUAGAAGACUUUUUUUAAUGCAUAUGAAAAUCCACCGGUUGUUGAAUGUCUGAGUUAAGGCAGAUGUAUGUGUAUGAUGUGUGUAUACUUGCUGUGUUUUAUGGGCCCAAUAUUACUUUACAGUGUACCUAAUGGAACAAAGUGACCUACCUUGUUUUCCUUCAAUAAAAGAAACUCAUAUGACGAAAGAAA